UGCUACCAGGAUGAUUUACAACCACCAGGCGCCGACCAUGUCGUCGGCAAGCAAGACUUCACCACGGCCGAGGCAUCGCAACUUGACGUCCAAGCAGAACAAGCCAACCAGACAGCAGACUGGCAUACGCAGUAGCACCAACACUUAUAAUAAUCAAUCCGAUCGCUGCCGCGGUAGAUGCCGUGUUCAAUGGAGCGAGCAACACGUCAAGGAAGGACUGGUGCUCGUGCAAGAGGCUCAACUCGCCAGAGUUGUCAAAACUGGCCCUAUUACCGAGCACUACGACAUCGAGCCGAAACCCUUCGCAAGCGGUCAGUGGGCUCGCGUAUACAAAUGCCGAUCCCGAAUAACCGGCAGCGUAUACGCAGCGAAAUUUUCGUCACGCAACCGCUUCAACGCUGACUGCAGUGCCGAGCUACGUCACGAGAUAGCACUUUUGUCGUUAUGCUCGCAAUCGCCACGAGUUGUCAGGCUACACGACGUCUACGAGACACCAAAGGAGAUCAUUAUGGUCAUGGAGUUUGCACCGGGUGGCGAUUUGCAGACGUUGAUAGACGGCGACCUGGUGCCACUGGAAGGCGACGUGGUCCACUUUGUGAGGCAGCUGGUGGAAGGACUGGCCUACCUGCACGAGCGAAACAUCGCCCAUUUGGAUAUCAAGCCGCAGAAUUUAGUGAUGAUGGGCAGCUUCCCCGACUGUAACGUGAAGCUGUGUGACUUCGAGAUUUCAAGGGUUGUCCUCGAGGGCACGGAGGUCCGGGAGAUUCUGGGCACACCCGACUACGUCGCUCCGGAGAUUCUCCAUUACGAGCCGAUCACACUCGCCGCGGACAUGUGGUCCCUCGGCGUAACGACUUACGUUCUACUCACCGGAUUCUCGCCUUUCGGCGGCGAGACCGACCAAGAGACCUUCAAAAACAUCAUUCUCGGCCAAGCAGACUUUCCCGAAGAGCUGUUCGAAGACAUAUCGGCCGCGGCAAAGGAUUUCGUCGCUCGACUCCUCGUGCUUGACCCAAGUGCACGCAUGACGGCGAAACAAUGCCUGCGCCACGAGUGGCUUCGCCAAGCGCCGACUCAAGCGUCGGCCCAUCUGCGCAAAUAUCUGUCCAAGUCUCGCGAAGUGCUUCUCGAGCGAGUCGUCAGUCGCGAGAACCUACGCAAAGCUGCUCUACUCGGGCAAACCGCGGCCAAUCAGCUUCAACAGCAGCAAGGACAGCAGCAAUGGGGUGGCAGCGAGAUGUGCCUGAACAGAAGUGUCAGCAUGUACAGUGACGACUACGAGAGCGGGCAGGAUAUGUCCUCGUCGCGGACCAGCUUGGCCGACUCGCUGUCGUCUUCGAAGAGCAGCUUAGCUAUGAGCCAGAGCUGCCUGUUGAACAAGGAGCAGACUCAAGGGUUGCUGAGCCAAGCGCAGGACAGGAAAUCGCUCAGGGCUAGCAUGGCUCAGGGAUUGAAUCGCAUCAGUGUGCUUUCGAAAAUCAAGAGCCUCGGUCAAACCCAAUCGAGAUCUCAAGCAUGUCUGCCGCUGCUGCAUGGCUCCAACGACGAUCGCCGAUCGAUGAACGCCAGUCCUCUCCUUCACAGCUGCUACUUCAAUGUCUCGCGAGAGAAGCUCUAUGGCCUCAAGUCCCUGUCCAAAUCCCAAGGGAUGCUCGACAUCUAUCGCAGCCUCGAGAGCUUGCAGAAACAUAAACAGCGUGAUCUGCUCAAACAAAAGCAACGCUCCAAGACCGAGGACGUUCUACCCUUCUCCAGGCCGUUCGGCCACGGUUCCAGCAUUGGAUCUCUUGCUUCUGCAUCAUCGCAUCCUCUUGUCGACAAAGAUUCCGAGGAUACCGUUUCGAGUACACAGCGGCCACUAGCUGAUGAUCAGGAUGAGAAAACGAGCGAGAAAGAAGUUGCGCCGAGAAAGAAAGAAGAUAGGGAUGAGCCAGGCGCGAUUAUAACGACUCCGACGGUCGUGACAAUGAUAACAACGGCAUCCGAUGAAAAGAACAUAGGUGAAGAAAAGCCGCAGUCAAUGGAUGUGGACGCUGUCGACGAUGCACGCGUUCUACUAACUCACGAUGGCACAGAACUACCACACGAGAUGAAAAGCACCGGGCCGUCGUCCCUCACGGUUUCCGAAACGAAUUUUGACUCUCUGCAAUCCAUGGAAUCUGACACUAUGACCGACGAUUCAGAAGAUGCCAACACUUCUCGAAGCCUAAGUUUGAAGCAGCCAAGUUCGACAGGAUCCGAGUGCCAUGGCCGCGAAUCACUGGAAUCGCAAAUCGAAGAACCUAAAUUUACCGUGGCCCAAUUGGUAUCCGCAUUUAAUAUGCACCAAGAGGUGGCUUCGCGUAGCAGUCUCGAGGCAAUCAUGACGGAGAAGAGAAUAGCGGAUGACUCGACCAAUUUCCCCAUUGGGCCUAAAGCUCUAAGAUUGUUUAUUCCAGAUAUUGAUAUUAGCGAGAAAAAGCCAUUGGUACGAAGAAAAACUAGUUACAAGCCAAGAAAGAACUGGGAAGAGCUGCGUAAGCAGAACGAAAAAAACGAGGGUUUACUCGGUAAAGACUUUUUCAAUGAUUCUGGAAACGAAGAAGACGCCGAGCCUGAAGAAGAGCAACCGAAAGCAUCAGAAGAGGAGGAAUCGAAGGGGCCACCGAUCGACACGAACAUCGAUGAGAAAUACAAACUGUGCGUCGAAGCUGCUAAGAUCAAUGAGAAAAAAGCUGAAAUCGAAGAGCCACCGUUGUCACCAGCAUCGAUCGACAGCGGAGUGAAUCUCCGUGACAUCCUUCGCAAAACCGACUCGUUCGAGCGCGCGCCAAAAACAAAUCUGGAGAAGCUGCGCGAACGUACCAACCUGUCGAAAAUGAUCGUCGCCGACAAAGGACUCGCUUCGAAGAUUUCCGUCUUCUCCGACAAACGCCUAGCUAAAAGUCCGACGAGAUCCGAUCCCAAAACACGCUUGCACAGCAUAACCAAGGAUAAAUUGUGCACCGGCUCGUACGUCAGGGCAAUGGAGAAAUUUUCGAACAAGACCACUAUCGAGAAACAAUUGCCGAGGCUCCGGAAAGUCAGCAGCACUACUCAACACGAUUAGUGCGUACCGGCGUAGAUGUUAUCGCAUGGUAUAUUACGAUAUCAAGUGUCGUGCAAUUGGUUGUAGCACCGUUCAACUCAAAAUACCACUUGAUCACUUCAGGUCGGUGAGUUUUGCAUUUUACAAAAAUGAUCUACUCAACUAAGUGCCACUGAAGUCACGCAGUGUUACAAAUAAUUCUUUUCGAAACGUCUAUAUUAGAAGCGAAAAACCUUGAGCUUUCACACUCGCGCCCACGUAUGUGAAACAAUCGUGGCGAUGACGACACUUCCUAAUUACGAGACGGAUAUUUUACAGAGAAAACGAAUGAAGAUAUCAUACAAAAUAUAAAAAAAUAAUAAACAGCGGGUAAAUUCACUCAUGUUUUAGCUGUUAUCAGGGCCAGUAGUGCUUUGCCCAUAUAAAUGAUAUGUGAAUCAUUGCAACGCGAAGUGAAUCAUACUCGACGCGGUGCGGGCACCCUAAAAACGGCCCGCACGUGCUCGAGCUCUCGUCAUUAGAACCAAGAACGCUGCGACUCUAAUUGCCCGAGCGCGCAGCUCUCUGAUCGUUGGAGACUUUGCUUGCGCGUUUUGUUUUCUUCUUCUUUAUGGCGGGACAGGAAGUGUUUUUCCAUCGCGGAAAUUGCAUUUUCAUCGAUUCAUCUUUUAGUUGUCGCGUGACUCUCCUUCACUGGUUUUUUUUUUUAUCAAAUUGCUUCUUUGUUUGUUUUUUAUCUAUUAUUAACGUUUUUUUUCUCGAAAUAGUCUGACCGAAAAUUACUGUUACUACUGAUUUUUGCACAAUAAAUGAUCGCAUUGCCAUUUUCAUUUUCAAACUUACAACUAACUAAGUCGAAGUAGCUUAAAAAACAGUACUUAACAAUGUUUGCUCGGUAAAUAUCAUUGAGAAAGCCAUAUCGAAUCAGAACUGAAAUUUCUAAUCCUUAUAGAUAAUAGCUUUAGUGUAAUUAUCGUAAUAAAACAAAAAUCAAACUAAAAAAAACAAAGAAAAUUGAACUAAACACUUCACAUUCCACGACAAAUUUUGGUGAUAAACAAAUGCUAUCCCAUAAAAACUUGGAACAAAAAUAUACAAUUAUUUAUUUGUAUUUCAUUACUACAUUAAAAAUAAUCAACCAGUUAUCUAAACCUAUAUUAUAUAUGUAUACAUAAUUUUGUAUGCGAAAUAGUGUAAGAUAUAGAAUAUUGUUUACGAGACGAAUAGCAUUUGCCCAUGUAUUAGACAACAAUGAGAGUUUUAAGAACAUAAAAAAUAAUAAAGAACUCCGUGGAUUCGUCGCUCUCUCUCUCUCUCUCUCUUGCUCAUUUGUACAAAGCAGACAAGGCGAUUCUCGAUUGCAGCGGUGCCCUAAAUGGAUGCCCAAGGAUUCGCAGAUUAACUCAUAUCCAUGUACAUCUCGUACAAUUGCCGGCUGGAUCUCUCUUUAGAUUUCUAGUUAACUACGUUGUUUUCUGUUCUCGUUCUCUUGAUUUUAUACACUAUUUCACCAUAAUCGCGCAGAUGCUGUGCGUGUUUAUUAAUUUUAUCACCUGCGUAUGAUUACCAUUUUUAAAAUGAGAAUUUUAAAUAAAGUCGCGCUUUUUAAGGCUUGAUGGUGUAACAGGAUAUAAUCAUGCAUUUAUUCUUGAGCACUUGUUUACUGGAUGCUGCUUUCGAACUGUCUGACGUCGACAUUUUGUGACGAGAUCUAUUUUUUGAAUGUUAUUUUUUAUUUUGAAUGCUAUUUUUUAACUGAGAAAAAUGUAUCAACUUAUACAUUAUAUUAAAUAAGUUCA